AUGACAUCUUCCCAAGACAUACCCAUCGAAACCCUCACUUACACUCUCUCGCCCAAGAAGUCCCAUCUCAUCCUCGACGGCCUCAUAGACCGCAUGCCCCCAAUCUCCGCUCUCACAGACCCACUACCCAAAAACCGUGUCUGCGGGUCUCUUGGAAUUUUCCCCACAGAAAUCCUCCUCAAGAUCAUCGAAGAUCUUACCAUCAGAGACACGAUGCGUUUCCGACGCUGCUGCCGCUUCGCCAUGCACCUCGUCGACACCGAAUCGCCUCUAAGGUACGCGUUGAAGUGGGCGCCAAACACUAAAGGCCACCGGCGGCCCGCAAGUAAAGAGGCGGUAAUGCGUGCCCGCUACGUUGGCGACAUAGGCCAUGAGGAUCUGAGCCCGGUGGUGCCCCGUUUCCGGCUCUCACCUGUCACGUUGACGAAUGGGGUAAACAGAUUCUGGAUCAAGGCAGAGGAGAACAUGUACGAUUGGGAUUACGUCGAUGAGAUGUAUCCCCAUCGGGCACAAAACCCGCGCGACACUGGCCGUGAGCGAUAUAGUAAAUAUUGGCUCAAGCGUUGCGUCUUCCUUGGCGAAUUGAAGGCGCAGUUUCAGACUGGCUAUCGCCUUACAGCUGUGGAUGUCGUACCGAAGAGGACAGUCAUGGGUAUGUGCUCUGUCUGGGCUCCGGCGAUUGACCCGGUGCCGUUGGUGAAGGAGAAGAAGUUGUACUGCUUGUGUUGCUUAGGCACUACGAUAAAGCGGGAAGUUUAUACUAUGGAGUCGUUCUUGGUUCAUCUUAGGGAUGUGUGCCGUGUCAGGCCAAUUAGGGAUGUGUAUCGUGUCAGGCCGAAAGGGGUUUGGAAUCGGGUCGAUCUUCCUGAGUUGGUUCUUGCAAGCGAUUGA